UUCUUUUUCGCGAAAAGAAUCAUUCUCGCGUAAUAACAAAGCUACAUUUAGUUAACUUCCUGUUCCGCCGGAACCACAUGUAAAUCUACCAGAAAAUAAACAACAUUUGAAGAACGCAUUAAAAAUGCCAAAAUCUAAACGAGAUAAGCGUGUUUCGCUGACGCAGACCAGGAAAAAAGGAUUGGAGCUGAAACAAAAGCUUAUUGAGGAUAUCCGAGAAUGUGUGGACAGAUAUGCUAGAAUAUUCCUGUUUUCAGUACAUAACAUGAGAAACACACAUUUGAAAGACAUUCGACAGGAGUGGAAACAUAGCAGGUUUUACUUUGGUAAGAACAAAGUUAUGUCCCUUGCAUUAGGUAGAACACACACAGAUGAGUACAGAGAUAAUCUACAUGAAAUAAGCUCACAUUUAAAAGGACAGACUGGCUUGCUGUUUACAAAUAAAACAAAAGAUGAAGUUAUAGAAUAUUUUAAGAAUUUUCGAGCAAGUGAUUUUGCACGAGCUGGAACAGUUGCGUGUCAGACAGUUAUAUUAGAGGAAGGACCUUUACCAGAAUUCUCACACUCUAUGGAGCCUCAGUUACGACAACUUGGUCUGCCGACUUCGUUAAAAAAGGGGGUGAUAACUCUUAACAAAGAAUUCAAAGUUUGUGACUUGGAUCAGACCCUCUCACCUGAACAAGCAAGAAUUUUGAAAUUAUUUGGUCAUCAAAUGGCAGAAUUUCAUGUUACAGUAGAAAGCAUGUGGUCAAAUGAUGGAACAUAUAAGCCAAUAGAAGGAGGAGUUUCAGAAACUAUAACACCCACAAAAGUUAAAGUUCGACCGAAAAAGAGAAAACAAGAAGAGGAAGAGAGUGAUGAUGAAAUGAGUGAUGAUAACAAUGAUGAUGAUAAUGAUGAUGAAUAAAUUUAUUUUAUUUUA